UCCUCGCGAGACCCCAGGGUCGGCAGUAGGGGGCAGUGGAGACAAUGACUCCGAAAGCUAUUAAAUCCAGAGGAAAGAUUCUGCAUAGCUCUGCUUUAAAAAUAUCUCUUGAAUAUCAGAUGUAUCCACAGUUUCAGCUCCAGUAAAUGACUUUUUCAGAGACACUAAACCUGGUUGUCAGUGUGUGUGUGUGUGUGUGUUACGAGGCUGGCAUGUCUGAACACAGUUAAAAACGAGGAGGAAACUGUAGAUUAUCGGAUUCCUCAUGUGUGGACCAGCUGUGUCCUAAGUAGGCUGAAACACAGGAGCUGUGGUUUUGGCCCCGUAGCUCAGCACAGCUCAGUGGAAAGUGCUUAUGUGGCACCUAGGCUUCACCACCAUCACUCCCUCAGGUUUUCAUUAUUCCCCCUGCGUUUGUCAUUAUUUCACUCACUCUCCAGAGUCACUGCUGCAUCUGUAAACACCGUCCACGUUCUGAGCUCUCACUUUUUAGAUGUGGACUUAGGACGUAGGACAUAGGGAAUAAGGCAGGGUGAUGCAGCAUUGGUAGGAGAGUGAAGUUAGGCAGAUAAAACAAUUACCAAAAAAAUGACUUAGGCAAUUAUGCUAUUAGGCUAAGGAUUUUAAGGACACUAAAUUGGCUUUAUCCCUCACCCUAAAACCAGGUCUUAAUCCUGGAAAAGGCCACUUUUGAAAUAGUAGCAAAAAUCUCCUCAUAACCUAAAGAAGAUUUGUCCUCGUGACAUGUUCACACAGACUCACACAUGUUUUUUGGAGGCAUCUGUUCAACCAAAAUAGUUAAUAGAUAAUUAAUAAAAAGGGAGACGGUUAAAAACAGAGUAAAAAUACUUUUUUACAAACUCAUGCAGCGCUGAGGACUUAACGGCAUUUAGAAUAAGUUUUCUUUUUACCUGCGUCAUUAAAGCUAGAGACUUUUAAGAACAUCCAAAGAUUGUGUUUUUUACAGUAAAAGAAAAAGACUUCUCCACGUCUCCAAUGUUUUCCUCCAAACCCACCCUUUCUUUCUCACUCUUCCUGUUCCUAAUUACGAUGCCAACGAUUGGUCCAGAGUUUCAGUAAAGUCGCAGCCAAUCAGACUCUUCACCCCCUCAGGUGGUCGCUGUGUGCGCUGCUUUAAUGAACGCUUGCUGGGUUGUGCGUCAGAGAUGAAAGGGGCCCGGUUUAAAACCUUGUGGGAUCCCUUCACCGGUGCAGUCUUGUCAGAAGGAGGAGGCCGCAACAGGAGCAACGUGCUGUGCUGCAGGAAGUCUUUCACACAAAAACAAACAAACACUUAGUGUUUGAGGCCCACAGGUGGUCAUCUUCUCUGGAGACCACAUCUGGAUCUGCAGGCAGCCGAGGAGGAGAUAACCACAGGGACGGAGGAGAAGGUGUGAGACGUCAUGGCUGGAGGAAGGAGAACCAGUUUCCCCGCUGUCUUCAUCACCGCCGCUCUGGCUGUGAUGCUGCUGCUGCCCGUUUUCGCGUCUGCUGGACCAAUCGGGAAAAAGACCAAACGAGAUGCGGGGCAAAGUAUCCAGGAGAAAUCAUCUGCUGCGGCCGAGCAGAGGAAGCUGAUCCGUCACCGCAGGAACAUCAGCUGGUACAAGCAGCAUUCUGACUUCUGGAACUGGUACAAGUUCUUCACAGACAACGGCAACCAGGAGGCAGUUCAUGAGAUGGACCGGAUCUACUUGGCCUACCUCCAGAACAAGAACCGCGCCGAGGGCCGCCGCUCCUACAAGGCUUACCUGCGCCACCUGGGCGACGUCUACAAGUCCUGCGCCGACUCUGACGACCCCAACUGUGUGGCCUCCUACACCAGCAGACCCAAGUCAAAGCCUGAACCACCCAAACCCGCACCGGUGAAAACCUGCGACCCCACCAAGGACACGUACUGCCUGUACGCGGCUCUGAUGCAGGGGAAGAGUCCCUACAUGCCGCUGGUUCUUCCCGCCGCCGCUGCGGCUCCGGCUCCAGUCAAGGCUCCGGCCCCUCAGUACGUCCGCUCUGCCGCUCCGGCUAAAGACCCACAGUCCGGCUACUACUACUACGCUCCGUCUGCAACACCUUUCCUCUCUAAGGAACAGAAAGCCGAGCUGCUGAGGAUCUGCGCCGCAGAUGACGUGGAGUGUCUGCAGUAUCACGUGAAGGCCGCGUAUGGACAAGUGCCCUCUGCUGGUCCCCUGCCGUCGUACGCGCACCUCGGCUGCGACCCCAAGAAAGACCCGUCCUGCAAACCCAAGCUGGUGCAGAAAGCUCCAUCCGGUCUCUACAUGCAGUAUCCAAACUGUGACCCGCUCCGGGAUCCACACUGCGCCUACGCUGCUUCUCUGGUGGCUCCUCGUGCUCCUAACCCUCCUGCCCCCGCUGGACCCGGAUCCUGCAACCCUCUCUACGAGGAAGGCUGUAACCCUCUCACCGCCACCAGAUUCGCCACGCCCCCAGAGUCGUACUCGCGCGACGAGGCGGACGAGGCGGCCGCCAUCCGCGCUGCUCCUCCUCCCGCUGCUGCUGCUGAGCACAACAGCGACCCCUACGCCAUGUUCAGAGACGCUUACGCUCAGGCCAACAGAGCAAACGACCCGUACGCUAUGUACCACCAGGCCAGCGCUCCACCGUCACCUCCCGCCAACGACCCGUACGCCAUGAUGCGCCGAUUCAUGUCCCAGGCUCAAGCGACCGACCCGUACGCUCCACGUAUGGAAGCCGCUCCGGAGUCGAACCCCAACGAUCCUUUCUCUGCGAUGCGCGAGGCGGCGGCUGCAAUGCACCGCCGCGGUCCAACCAGCGCGAGGCAGCAGUUUCACUUUUCCAGCCCAAGUUAUGAGGAGCCUGCGCAAGAGGAGCGCCACCCUCUGGGCCCCCCGGGCAAAACCAGAGAGGGCUAUGACUGCUUCGUCGGCUACGACCGCGAGUGCUACCCCGUGAAGCCCAGCGAGCCCCGUGCCGGCGGUCACCGCCACCUCCCGUACCCCGCCGAGGCCUACGAGCCCCACCUAAACAGUGACGGCUCGCGCAACGGAGUCCUGGAGCCCGCCAACCUGGACUGCGACCCUGAGUACGACAGAGACUGCCGCCUGCGUCGCUACGAGCCGGAGCAGGGCCGUGCCGAGGCCCAGCCGGAGCAUCACGCUGACGACGACCACAACCAGGGGGCGGAAGAGAGCCAGCAUCACCCAGAGCAGCAGCAGGAGCAGGAUCAGUACGAGGCCGAGCCCUAUCAGAGCGGCCAGGAGGAGCCUCACAUGUCCUACCAGUCCAUGCCACAGGGAAUGCCCUCGCUGCAGGACAUUCUGAGGCUCUAUGGAGACCAGAACCCAGAGCAGGGCGAUCACAGAGCGUACGCAGAUGACUACCGUAAGAAAUAAACACGCUAUACCACGCACACGUGCGUGUGGAUGGACAUGAAAACACGAGCGCUGCCUCACGCAGUGAACAGGACCAGAACAGGGACACAUGAGUACACGCACACACGAAGGAACACGAUCAGAAACCUCAGAGUGUUCCGUCUUCACAUCUGUCGCUUUUUCCAGCUUCUACGUAAAAAAAAACCCUCCUCAGUCCACUUGAGUGUGUGAUGACUCGGCUUUUUCACUCCUCUAUCUCUGCAUCUCCAAAAUAAUAAAAAUAAAACAUGUCGGUUUUUUUUGUCAGUGAUGGAUUAUGUAAAGUUUUUUGGUUUUUUUCCAUUUUGGAUGUUCUAAUAAAAAGCUGUAGAAAGCUG